GGUCACUCUGUGAAUAUUUAAUUUAAUUGUGUCUGAAAUGACCGGAAGUCUCAAUGAUUGUGUCUAACUUGACUCCAGUCUGCGUCUCCGUGAAGCGCCGCCGCUUUCGCAAUAGCAGCGAGCGGCAGCGGCGCGUCCCCGACCCGGUGUCUGACAGUCACAUGGCUAAAUAUGGGUGCAGAGGGCUCGGCUUGCCGGUCAGAUACCCAACACAGAGGGGGACAAGUUUUAACGCUGUAAGAUAGCUUGUUGAUUACGAAAAAAGAGGAACACAUAUCCCUGGACAAAGUUUGGCUUUAUCGUGUGACUGCUGCCGCGCCCGCAGGGAACUUUCGCUUCUCCGUUAAGUUUGUUCCUGAAAAACGCUGCAUGUUUACGUGACCGUCGUUGUUGAAACAAGUCGGGCAGGGUCUUCCUUUCUUUUUUAUUAGUGUGCAGCUUCAGUGUCCGUCGCUUCAUGACUGGAAUCAACUGCGCAACAAGUUUUUUUUAACUCUCCGGUUGUUGUUGUUGUUGUUGUCGUUGGCGCCCCCGCCUGAACAGCUGACUUACAGGCCGGGCGGCACCUGAGGCGGCCGCGGAGCUCCUCCAUGGGUUGAUCCCCUCUCGGUCUGGAAGAUGAUCGGGUCACCGGACCUGCUGGCCUUCACCGCGGCGGAGGGGUUUGGAGAGGAGGAGGGUCAGGAGGCGCAGGGUCUACCUGAAGAUCUCUCUGUGCCCCUGUUACCUCCAUCCAACCCCUGGACCUCCGCAGCACAGUUUCACAGAGACUUCAUACUGGUGGCUGAGUUCUCAGAACAGGUGGGACCGAAGCCUGUUCUGACGAUACCAGACGACCCCCGAGUCAUCGGCUCGUUUGACCUCAACCACUUCUCUGUUCGUAUCAUGUCAGUGGACUACCAGGCGUCAGGCCCCGGCCCCGCCCCUCCUACAUCCCCCGGCCCCCGCCUCAACUUCAGCGAGGACUCCAAAGUGAUCCUGGGGGAUUCGGCGGAGGACGCGUUUGCCUACGUUCACCACGUGACCCUGUACGACCUGGAGGCUCGGGGCAUGGUGCGUCCUUUCUGUAUGGCCUACGUGUGCUCGGACCAGGCGAAGCUGAUGGAGAACUUCUCUGAACUGUCGACGGGCUUCUCUCAGGCGUCCGAGAGCCUCAAGACGGGAAACAGACAAGCGUUUUCUAUGGAGCUGCAGAGAAAACUACAAGAGCUCGAGUACACACGGCUGACGCUGCAACAGGAGACGGAGCUUCCUCAGAAGGUGAACAGGUUUGCAGAAUCGGGCGAGAAAACCGAAGAGCUCGAAGCUGUCGAGCGUUCCAUCUUAAACCACAGAGACCUCCUCCGCCAGGUCACUUCCUACCCAAACAGGAAGCUCAAACAGCCCGACUUCCUGCCCUACGACCCUGCCGACUCGCUCACCGAUCCGACUGCGUUACUGCCUCCUGAGCCAUGUCCUCCCACCUCCCUCUCCAGCUCCCCCUCCUGCAGGUCCGAGCACCGUCUGAAGCAGCUGCAGGAGCUUUGCAACUCUUACUUCCUGUCCCUGAUGAAGGAGCAGCUUGCUGACACAGAGCGCCGCCUGCGUGGCGACAGGAGCGCACUGCGCACUGCUCGUGUCACACGCUCGCUGUCCAGGAGGCUCACGCUCACCAACUUCCUGUUUGAGCUUUGGACCCCAGAGGAUGGUGAGGAGGAGGAGAGGGAAAGCACUGAGGCAGAGACACAGAGGGCGACAGGGAGUAAGAGCGGCGGCGAGCCGUUGAACGCUGAACCACUGAGCCUAGAGUCUUUCUGCUCCUGUGUGGAGGAGAUCCCAAUCAAACUGGUGGCAGGAGAAAGUGGGACAGUGAGCCCUGACCAUGACGUUGCCAUGGAGAUGACAGGAAGUGUGAGCAGCAGCGACAGCAUUGAAGUGCUGGGAACGGAGAAGUCUUAUCGGACGCAGCAUGACAUCAUUGGAUCUGACAGCAGAGAAAUACACAUGGGGAUGUUGGACACCUCUCUCAGGCGUGCAGGAGUGGAGGCAGGCGGCAAGCGAGUUCGAGCGUACGCCAGACGGGCCAACAGCGAGGACAGCAUCGAGGUCCUGAGUACAACCGAGUCCAUCUUUCCUGACGACCUCACUGCCAUCACAGAGGAGGAAGCAGAGCACCAACCUCUGAGUAACGGCCUGCAGGAGGAUGAGGAGGAGGAGAUACUGACAGAGUGUAAAUGUGAUGACGUCCACAGAGUGGAAGAGACGAUCCGAGAGGAGGAGUCAUUGGAUGAAACUGUUCUAGAAAAUGAAAGUGAGCUUUCUGUCCAGGAAGGUGAAGGUCGAGAUGACAGAGAAGAGUCUAUAAAGCAAAUAAAUGUCACUAGUGAGGUCACGAUCAAAGAGGAGCCGGUCACUGAGUGUUUGAAGAGGAAUCACGUCCAUGAAGAUGACAGUCCAGAGAGUAUUUCAACGACGCUGCAGGUCGUGGAAGCAGCGGAGUCGCCUGAAGUUCAUCAAACUGUGCCUGACCUCCAGGUGAACUUUGCCCCACCUGUUGCCCUGCCCGAGGUUGAACGAUGGUCUCCUCCCUGCGCUCCCCUCAGGCUUCUUAGUGUCGACGAAGCAUCUGACUGCACCAGCUUCACCGGCUCCUCAGACCUCCUCUCUCCCACCCAGAACGUCCACGGCAGCACCCGCUCAGAGAAGAGGAGGAGAAGGAAGGCUGGACUCAGAGCCCUCAGGUUCCUGAAACAGAACUCAUUCUCCCAGCAUGCCGUGUUCUGUCUACUGAGCGGCCGGCCGCUGGUUGUCAUCGGAGGAGACGAGGUUUUGGUGAGGAAGCAGGUGGACGCCCUUAGUCUCUUCCUGCCUGCUCCUGUUGCUGAUGGGAGUGCUGUGAUGCCGAGUUUGACCACGCCCCUUCAACUGACCGACCUGCUCACCUGGAGACUGAUCGGCAUACACAGAUCACCCUCCAGUUCUUCGUCCAGCGUGCUUCACUCUCUGACUCGCUACAGUCGUUAUUUGGCCCUGCUGGACCUGGACCAGAAGACGCUGCGCUGUCCGUCAUACUCCGGCUCUCUCAUCAGCAGACUGGCGGAUCCUCACACCAGCAUCAGCCGGGGGAUCACAUACCUGCUGCACCUGGAGAGCUGCCUGACAGCGCUGGCCAAUCAGGCUCUGCUCCACACGUUUAAUCCUUCUUUCCACCGUCCUGACACUGCUGAUGGGAAUAACGUUGCACGAGGAGACGACUUCCUGUUAUCGCGAGGAUUCUGCAGCAGUGAGAGCGAUUUGAGAGUGAUGCGUUUCCUGUCUGACCUCGUCAAACAGCGUCACGCAGGAUGUGGCCCACCAGUUUUAAGAUUCUAUUACAGCUCGAUGACACUCCAUAGAAAUACAGCCGCAACAUAGAGCGCUCAUUAAGACACUGGAAGAACAAAAACAAGAGGCCGACAUUAAGAUGGUCCGCACUGGUCUCUGUUUUACUGUCACCUGCAACUUUGAACAUAUGAAGACACAAGAAUCAUGUUUUUAAUCUGCUGUGUUACCUGUUAGUGUUUAUGCAUGAAGCCUGGUCGUGUAUCACUGGACAUUAGUGCACUAGUGCCUCACAAGCACCAAAGACUUACAUGCAGGUAGUCUGAUACACCUGAAGUAUAAUACUGAAGUCCAAUACUUCAAGUAUUGGACUUUUUAUUGGAGUGUUUUUAAAAUGUAGGAUUAUCACUGAAUUACACAUGAAUUUUGUGUAAAUUAAGAUAUUUGAGCCACUUGUGAACACAAGUUACUGUUCAGACGACGUGGUAUUGUGGGUUUUGUGGAUCUUAGUAGUUCACAACUAAAUGGAGUGUUCCUUUUUUUAAAAAUCUUUGUUGGGUCUGUUGCUCUGUCAUCCAACUUUUUAAUAAAUAAUAAAAAAUAACUUAUUUGGCAUGUUUUUGGACAGCUGACAGUAUAAAGACAGACAGAAACAAGGUGAUCAAUCAGUCACGGAACAAAGAUCCUGAGCUUCAAUCAAAUCAGGGUUUUAUGUAGUUUGUUAUAUUGUCUGUUUAAACAACAUUUAACCGGCUUGACUUCAUUUUUUAAUGGGUUCAAUUGAACUGUUUGCAGUAACAUGCAGCUGCAAGAUUCAACAUGAGUCCUCUGUUAAUAAAACAAACAGCUUCAUCAUAAAGAAAUCCUUCAACAUUUUGGGAAAUUCACUUCCUUUUAUCUUUAUUAUAUAGACAUGAUGACAUCUCAGCAAGAAAACUAUUAAGUUAAUUUCUGAAAAACGUUAAACUAUUUCUUGAAGUGCCGCUAAACCAAAUGUACCAUAAAAUGACCUCAUGGUCCAACCAAAACAAAACAUUUUUCUCAUUUCUUUCAGCAAAUGGGGAACCUGAACAUUCAUUUCAGUUUUUAAAAUAGAUUUUCCAGUUUAAUCUAAUUUCUAAGUAAAAUCAAAAUGUGUUAUUGAAUGUGAAUAAAUUAUUUUAGCAUUUAUAUGUAUAAAAUAUCGAAGCCUGUGUUAUCAGAUUGUCAAACAGUCAAACACAGUUUGUACAUCAGUUAGAAGUUACUGUAAUUGUCAACUUCAGUUUGCAGAAAAAUAAUCUUUUAUAAGAAGAAUUGAGGCAGAAAUUUUAAAUUAAUUUACACAUCAUUACAUUUGGUUCAACUUAUGUUCAUAACAAGCUACAGAGUUAUAUGAGCAGACAGUUAAACCACACAGUGGCUUUAAACCUCAGUUAAACUAAAAACAGGUUUUAGUUGAACCGUCCAGGUGCAUUUAACGACAACAACUUUGCUUAAACUCUAAACUGCAGCUGAGCUGAUGACAGAGCAACACCUUCCUUUUGUUUAACACUGGAUUUUAAUGUGUAUGCAAAUAUGAGCCAAUUUUAGUGUGUGUAUAAUUAUUUUUAAAAUUAAAAAUUAUAUAUGUUUCACUUGGACUCAUUUUUAAGCAGUUUUGAGCAACCAACACGUUAUUUUCCUUUUCUAUGAUUUCAUUAAACCAGUCAAUGUUCCCGUUUAUUAAUCAACAUUACAUCAUUGCCUCUUAUGAACAUUUAUGAUGACAAUGAAUAUCAAAAAGUACAAAAACACCAUUCGAUGGAAAAAAAAAAAAAAAAAAAAAAAAUCUCUCA